AGGAGUAGAUUCAAAAUCAUUUGAAAGCAAAAUUCCCCACUCCACUUUUUUUUUGUUUCCUCUAAAGGACAAAGCAACCAAUAAUAAUCCCCUCAGUCCCUCACCAACCCUCGUCUCUUCUUCUUUCCCAGCCCCGCAAUCCAUCCGUCGCGCGCCCAACCGUCGCCGGCGGCGCGGAGCACCGUCUUCUCCCCGGCAUCCUCCAGGGCGGAGCGCUGGAGAUCCGACUCCGCUCGACUCCUUCUCGCGUCGGUUCUUACUGUUCAGAGCGCACUAUCGGUCCCUGCUAACCGCGUCGAACAAGAUUUGGUGCGAAAAAUAUUGGUACGGCCGUCCGCCCCCCAGAGUCAAGUGGCAGUGGGCAAACAACUGCUCCACCGACGGACGAUCUUUAAAGUGAUACUACCAGCAACAGGACAUAAUGGCGGAUAUCCAGUUAGGAUGUUACACUAUAAAGUCCCAUGGAGCCAAAGUAGCAAGACUCCACAUGUAUGACUGGAUAAUACUUCUCCUCCUUGCUGUCAUAGAUGGACUGCUGAAUAUAAUCGAGCCUUUUCAUCGCUUCAUUGGGAAGGACAUGAUGACUGACUUGAGAUAUCCAUUAAAGGGCAAUACUGUGCCCUUUUGGGCUGUUCCGCUCAUUGGAAUUGUCUUACCAUGUGUCAUCUUUGGUGGAAUUUACUUCAAGAAGAAGAAUAUCUAUGAUUUGCACCAUGGCAUACUGGGUAUUCUUUAUUCGGUGCUCAUAACUGCGGUGAUUACUGAUGCAAUUAAGGAUGGAGUUGGCCGACCACGUCCUGAUUUCUUCUGGCGCUGUUUCCCAGAUGGAAAGGAUUUUUAUGAUAAUGUCACUACUGGCGUUCUGUGCCAUGGAGAGAAGAGUGUCAUCAAAGAAGGUCACAAGAGCUUCCCAAGUGGACAUUCAUCAUGGUCUUUUGCCGGCCUAGGCUUCCUUACGUGGUACUUGACUGGAAAAAUUGCAGUUUUUGACCGUAAAGGUCAUAUUGCAAAGCUCUGCAUUAUUGUUCUGCCUCUACUUACUGCUGCGCUUGUUGCCGUUUCUCGAGUGGAUGACUACUGGCAUCACUGGCAAGAUGUAUUUGCAGGAGCUAUUAUAGGUCUCACAGUGGCUUCAUUUUGUUACCUGCAAUUUUUCCCAUAUCCUUAUGAUACAGAUGGACUGUGGCCUCACGCAUAUACCCUUCAGCUAGCCGAGGCACGCAACAGUGGCAUUGCAAACUCCUUCAGCGUGCGACCACCCACGGAGACCGAAGAAGGGGAAGGUCAGGGCGGGAUCGCCCUAAGAGACACCAGUCCUAUUCUUGACACCAUGGAGUCUGGCAGGAGAUACGGAAACUAGGAGGACCGGGAUCAGACGACUACCCUAAGUACCAUGAUCGUCCUGACCUUCUUCGUGGGCUUGUUUUCGACAAGCAUAGCAGGGGAGAGCUGCUUUCUCACGCACAGUUUGGUGUAUUAUAGAGCUUGACGUUUCGUCAACCUCUAUGGGUUUUUCAGUGUUUAUUAGAGGUUUGGUUUAUGUUGUGUUAACUGGAUAGUUAGCCUUGUAAGGAUCAGCUGUACAUUACCUAGUGGAGUGCUUCGUCGUCCAUGGCGGUGAACAUGUUGCAUUA